CUCUACAUUUGGAGUUGUUCUCAAACUUCGUCAAUCUUAAAGAUAAAAAUAUCAACAUAUGUAAUACUCCGAGGCAAGGCGAGGGGCCGCGGCGGCGGCGACGUGUUCCGAGGCGAGGCGAGGGGCCGCGGCAGCGGCGACCUGGUCCAGGGCGAGGCGAGGAGCCGCGGCGCUGGGGUGGCCAGCUCCGCGCGGCGCGCGCUUGUCGGGGCGGGCGCGCGAGUGCUCUUCUACCCAACGGUCGCCUACAACCUCUUCCGCAACCAGACCGAGACCGAGUUCCACUGGUGGGAUCGCUAUGUUUUGCUAGGUGCUGUUCCUCUCCGCAGAGACGUGUCAGUCUUGAAGCAACUUGGAGUAAGUGGAGUCGUCACACUCAAUGAGUCAUUUGAAACUCUAGUUCCAAGUUCCUAUUACAAGGCUCACGGGAUAAAGCAUCUUGAGAUUCCCACGAUGGACUAUCAUGACGCCCCUUCUAUGAACAAUAUUUGUCGAGCUCUGGAUUUUAUCCAUGAAAAUGUGUUGCAAGGUGGUACCACGUAUGUACAUUGUAAGGCUGGAAGAGGACGGAGCACUACUGUAGUUUUGUGCUAUCUCAUUAAAUACAGGAACAUGACUCCUCUUUCGGCUUUGGAUCAUGUACGGUCUGUAAGGCCUCGAGUUCUUUUAACAGCAGCACAGGAGGAGUCAUGCAACCUGACCACUUAUGCAAUUUUCUUGAUAUUAUUUCUCUCUCGUUGCAUCUUUGCCACAGGCUGUUGGAAGCUUUCGCUUGCUCCGAGUCUGAACCAUACCAAGACUGAAGAAUCCCUCAUGGACACUGAAGUUGAUGGAUACCCUACCGAGACUGGCCGUGGGCAUAUAUCCAGGCCAACCAGUCCUGGCUGCAGCAAUAUGGUGAUCAUAACUGAUGCAGAUCUUGAUGGCUAUGAGUCACAUUGAUCCUGAAAAGGAUGUUGCCUCAUGGGAGGUGGUAAGUCGGACAAGCCCAUCAUGAGGAAUACACCCUCCCAGGUCCUUAAGAUCGCCAGCAAGCACAAAGCACCUCUGAACCGUAUGGUUCUGCAUUUUUGCAUAUUGGUGAAUCUGAUGAGUGUAAAUGACCGGUAUUAGUUUCUACAGCCUGUGGAAAGCCCUCAGGAUAAUUUUGUAUGUCUUGUAGAGAGGAGAGAUAGAUAGAGAGAAAGGAGAGAUAGACAGAUUGAAGGGAGAGAUAGGUGAGUUCGCCUGACUAUAGCUUCUGACCUGUGAAUGUGGUCACAGUGUCUACCGCCUGUUUACCAUUCUACUUUCAGUUUGGCCGCUUGGUAAACGGUCAGUACUCUUUCCCUGCCAAAAAUCUUGCGUGGGGUAACAUGGUACUUGCUUGAACGAUAUGGCAUUUAUCUUGACUGACA